AUGAUGAUCGGAGAAAGAAACUUCGAUAGGCCAACGGUCCACGUUCCUCCAUGGUCCUUCGCUACCGAUGAUUCCAACUCUUACAUUCUUAGCCCUAAUAUGAAUGUUAACGGAGGCGGUUCCAACGAUGACUACUCUAUUUACACGGCGUUGCAGUGCUAUUUGCCGUCUAACUCGGUUGGAGAAGGGGACUUUACGGUGGACGCUCACACAUGCGAUCAAUUCAGGAUGUUCGAGUUCAAGGUGAGGAAGUGCUCGCGUGGGAAGUCACAUGACUGGACGGAGUGUCCGUACGCCCAUCCCGGCGAAAAGGCUCGCCGGAGGGACCCCCGUAAGUAUCAUUAUUCGGGCACCGCAUGCCCGGAGUUUCGUAAAGGGACCUGUAGGAAGGGUGAAGCGUGUGAAUACGCGCAUGGGGUUUUUGAGUGCUGGCUUCACCCGGCGCGCUAUCGUACGCAGCCAUGCAAGGAUGGGCUUAACUGUAAGAGAAGGGUUUGUUUCUUCGCUCAUUCGGCUGACCAGCUUCGGGUUCUGAGUCCACAAGCCGAGACGUAUGACGGCUCGCCACAUCGCCUUGCAUUCAUACCGUCGCCGGAUUCGGGUUCUCCACCGACUGAAUCACCGCCGAUGUCUCCGAUGACCGCUGCCACCGCCACAUCCGGGAGCUCUCUCAGUCGGUCGAUCGGAUCCAAUUCUAUCAACGAAGCAAUCGCAUCUUUGCGUCAGUUGCAGUUAAAUAAAGUGAACUCUAUACCACCUUCUUGGAAUCUGCAAGUGGGUUGUUCAUCUGGACUGGGUUCGCCUCGGUUGUCCGUUACCCGACCCGGAUGCUUUAGUCUGCCGUCGACUCCUGCCAAACCCUUGACCCGUGCCGGUUUCAGGUGGGACAAGGAUGUUGGGUACGAGGAGGAGCCACCUAUGGAGAGGAUUGAAUCAGGGAGGGAUUUGAGGGUAAGGAUGUUUGAGAAAUUGAGCAAGGAGAAUCCAUUGGUUAGGGUCAACCACAUAAGCUGGAACCUAAACCAGAACCCCGCUCAGGACCCCAACCCUGACGUCGGGUGGGUCUCCGAUAUGUUGAACUAA